AUGAGUGCGGAGCAAGUUUUUAAAGACACCUCGGCAAUCUAUGCCAGACUCUUCGAUCACCGAGCAGCAAUUCAUGGUGAAGUAAACCAUCUAAUCAAAGAGCUUGAGAUAAAACGCAACGAUCGUGAACUAAUGCUGCUCAAUAAAUGCCACGAGAAAACUAGGCAUGUUCAAAUCCAAUUACACCCUGAAUGCGUGCAAUAUCUUCAACAUCAAAUUGAGAGCGCAGCUGAAAAGAUAAAUGAUUUAACACAAAACUUAUCAGAAAUGAUAAAGAAAGAUUCGAGUGAAGAAGUAACAGAGACCAGGCCACGAAGUGAAAGUGUAGCGGACGAGUUUGCUGCAGAAUGGGAUGAAUUUAUGAGAGAAAUGAAUGAAAAAUGCCAAAAAGUCGAUAAUGAAUAUAACGAAAAGAUGAAACAUUUAUCAGAUGACUUUUCUGAAUUAAAGACUUGA